AUCUUUGGUUAAGCGGACGCGCCGCGAGCCACUUCCCUUCUCUCGGCGAGUACGCCUCCGACAACAUAAAAUCGCCGCGUCGUCGGGGCAUCCACGGCGACCCUUGACUUCCCCCCUUCUCUCCUCCUCCCCUUCCCACGAAACGUGACCAACCCUGCUGAUCCAAGCCGCCGACCCUCCCGAUCCGGCGACGAUGGAGGGCGGCGGCGACGCCUUCGGGUCCGCGACCGCGCCGCUAGCCUGGCACGACUUCCUGGAGCGCAUGCGCCAGCCCUCCGCCGCCGAGUUCGUCAAGUCCAUCAAGGGCUUUAUCGUAACAUUCUCAAACAGAGCACCUGACCCCGAACAUGAUAGUGUGGCUGUUCAAGAGUUCCUGGAAAAUAUGGAAGGUGCUUUCAGAGCUCACACCCCCUGGGCUGGAAGUUCUGAAGAGGAACUAGAAAGUGCCGGUGAGGGCCUUGAGAAAUAUGUUAUGACAAAGCUGUUUAAUCGGGUUUUUGCUUCGGUCCCGGAAGAUGUGAAGAGUGAUGAAGAACUUUUUGAGAAGAUGUCUCUGCUGCAGCAGUUUAUAAGGCCUGAAAACUUGGAUAUUAAACCGGAAUACCAGAAUGAAACAUCAUGGCUGCUUGCACAGAAGGAACUGCAGAAGAUAAAUAUGUAUAAGGCUCCAAGGGAUAAGCUUGCUUGCAUCCUGAACUGCUGUAAAGUCAUCAAUAACCUACUUCUAAAUGCUUCUAUUGUAUCAAAUGAAAAUCCCCCGGGAGCCGACGAAUUCCUUCCCGUCCUCAUCUAUGUCACCAUAAAGGCGAAUCCUCCACAGUUGCACUCAAAUCUACUAUACAUACAACGAUAUAGGCGCCAAUCACGGCUGGUGUCAGAAGCUCAGUAUUUCUUUACAAACAUCUUAUCCGCUGAGUCUUUCAUCUGGAACAUUGAUGCGGAAUCAUUAUCCAUGGAUGAACGAGAUUUCCAAAAGAAGAUGGAUGGGGCGAGGGAACGCUUGUUGGGACUAUCAGCUAGCUCAGAAAAUCAGGGUGACCAGACCAAUCUUGAUGUACGGGAGCAAAAAUCACAAACACUGAAAGCUAGCAGGGAUUCUGAUGUCAACCUCUCUUCAAAAGAUAAUGAUCAAGGUCCUGGUCUGGACAUGAGAAGGGACAGCGAUGUGAAUAGCAACCCAGUUGAGCGUGUGCAAUCAAUUUCUGAUUUGGAGAAGAAAGGAGCAGCCGAGCUUCUCAAGGAAGAUGACUUGCACAAAAAAGUUCAAGAGUACCCAUUCCUUUUCGCCCGCUCUGGGGAUCUGACUGUUGCAGAUGUAGAAAACCUUUUAAACUCCUACAAGCAGCUAGUACUUAAGUAUGUAGCGCUUUCACAAGGGAUGGGUGUCAGCCCUGAACCUCCUGUUCAGAGCAUGCAUGAUCUUGUGGUGUCUGAGGAGCCUAAGAAUGCGAAGGAUACAGUAACUUUUAAUGAAAGCAGUGAAGGCAGCAGCAGAACUGGUGAUGACAUAAAAAACGAUACUCUUCAUUCAGAAGUAGACACCAUGACUACUCAACAAACUUCGGCUGACCCAAGUUAUCAGAAGGCACAGCAGGAUGAAGCAUCAGAUCAGCCAGAACAUACAUGAGUAGUUGGUCAGGUCUGGCUGGCUUUCGAAAUACAGGGAAGACGUUGUCAUCAGCGGUUCAUUCUCUUAUAUCAAGAGGUGACAACUGGUAAGAGAGAAGUUGGUAGACUACUUCGGCUCCUGAAGCGACAAAUGUAAAUGAAAAUUAGAAUACUGAGAUUCAGUAUCGAGGAAGACCUAGGUUCAUUAUGUUGAAGCAAGCUCCUUGUCCCAACGUUCUUUCAUUGAUCCCUUGGUUGUUGACUCUGUUGCAAGUUGGAUUUUGCGGCACCAUUUUGGUAAACUUUUACCUUUACAGUUAAAUUUUCCAUAUGUGCAGCUAUUGUUCAGAGAAAAUGGAAUGAAACCCUAUGGUUCAAUUGGUGCA